AUGUCCUUAUCAGUCAAUCAAUCAGCCGUUUUUGGAGUUUAUUAUGUGACAUCCGCUUAUUUUGUUUUGCCGUAUUUUGUGACAAUCUCAAUUGGACUUUAUAAUAAUUUUUUACUGUCGUCUAUAUCGUUCAAUUUAGACACACUUUUUCUUAAUUGGAAUACAUCGUUUCCUGCUGUAACAGUAUGUGAAAUAUAUAAUGGAGAGAAAAUAUGGGACGUAAGUGAAGAAUAUUUUGGUUCAGACCACGAUUUAACUUUAGAUGACUUCGUUGGAGAAAUUGUAUUUUUUCGUGGAACAUGUACAAGUUGUAGCAAAAAAUGCACAACAACCCAAUGUCCUAAUAAUUUUACGGAACUGUUAAAUGUGUUCCGUAGCAAGUGUGCUAAAUUGAUAAUUAAUUGCAGCUACACCAAUAAAGUAUUUAAUUGUUGUGAAGAAUUUCGACCGAUAGAAACAGAAUAUGGCACAUGUUAUGCCUUCAACUCCAAUCAAGCACGAAAAAUUUCCCAAAUUUAUCAUGCUAAUAAUCGCGAAACCGGAGCUGGUCACCUUAAGUUUGACACUUCUGCAGAUAUACAAUUACAUGUGCAUCCCCCAAUUGAAAUACCAUUUCUGUUUUCCGAAGGUAUGAUACAUGAAACAGUUUUAUUAGGUACUGUUAAAGAAAUUGUGCUUAACGUUAUGGAAGUGUACAAUGAUGCUACGGUUUAUCAUUUAGCACUUGAUCAAAGGCGAUGUCGUUUUGUGAAUGAGCUUACAAAUUGGGGACAACGUCUUGGCAUAUACAAAUACUACAGCUUCAGUACUUGUGUUGUUGAAUGUGCAGUAGCAUUGCAGUUGGAGCAUUGUAACUGUACAAGUCAUUUUCUGGCAGCAGCUAUUAAAUCUACUAAUCAAAUAUCGAUGUGCGACUAUCGUGGUUUACGUUGUCUUACUAAAGUCUAUACUGAGAUGAAGGAGCUACGCAAAAGCUGUGAUUGCAUGAGUUCAUGUGAUGAACCGGAAUACAAUAUUGUUUACAACUCGGCAGAUGGUGAAAACGAAGAGGAAUCUGACGUAACACAAAUAAAAGUUUCUCUCAUUGAACUGCCUACACAGCGAUACGUGCGAAGAGUAACGAAAGGAUACCUGGAUCUAAUAAUAUCAAUUGGGGGAAUAGCUGGACUAUUUUUCAAUGCAUCUGUUAUACGAUUGGUGGAAGUAAUUUUCAUGUUAGUUCAACUUAGAUGGCAACAAUUAAAAACCAAUUUUUUGUAGACUAAUAAAUAUCUGCAGGGAUACCAAUUAUUUCUCUAGUUUUUUAUUGUAUAAAUUUAUAAAUAUAUGUACAAAUGCAUAUUUGAUCUUGCCAUCAGCAUUUAUAGAAAUUAUUUUAUAAUUAUUUACAUACCACAUUUAAUUAUUUUUAUUAUUGAUAUUUGUGCCAUUAUAAAUAUUUUUGCAAUUAUACAAUUGAGAUAACAAUGUGUGAAACAAUA